AUGGCUGAUGAGGGAACUUUCCAAAGCGAAGAAAUCCAAGGAGCAACGAAGAGGCUCCUGCUGAAAAUAAAAAACGAAAAAAAAAAUGAAGAAAUAAUAAAAAAAACAAUUGACGAGUAUAAACAAACAAUAGAAGUAAUAUCAACCCUAACGAAGAAACUUAAUUACAAAAUAAUAAUCCCAUAUUCUAAAGUAGCUUUUUAUGAAGGGCAAAUAAAAUAUACAAAUAAUAUAUACCAGGACAUUGGCUGCAAUACAUAUUGCGAAAGGACAACAGAAAAAGCAAAAGAAUUUUUAGAAAGAAAAUUAAAAUUUUACCAAGACAAGUAUAACAUUGUGCAUGAGUCAUUAAACAAAUUGACGAAAGAAUUGGAGCUUUCCUUGGAGCUUAAUUUUCGCGCCAAUUGUGAGAAAGAGGAUGCACAGGCGGGGGGGGAUGGAAACAACGUGUUUCUGCGCCCUGAUGGUUUCUUUGAAAUUAGGGAAGAAUAUCACGAGAGUGAUGAGGAGGGAGAUUUGGACCAGGUGGGGAAACAAAAGGAGCCCGUCAAAAGUGGAGUGAAGAAAGAAGGGGAAGUACAAAAGAGGGAAUACCGUGGUGGGCUUCAUAGUGGUAUACCGUACCCAGGCACACAACGAGGUGGAAGAGACACCCCUGUCCUGAAGGGUAUUGCUGCUGACCGGCGAACAAUUUCGCCAAGUAACCUAACUGAAAAGAAGCAGCCUCCAGGUGAGGAGAUGCAGGAAGGUUCUGCCACUAUGAGCCGGAAUUCUCCCAAGGGUAUCUCUUUAAAUGUUAACAAACAGGGGCUUUUAAAUAUAAAGGAAAACUACAACAGCAGUGGGAGCGAUUGUGAAGAGUGA